AUGAAUUUCAUAUCUAUCUAUCUAUCUAUCUAUCUAUCUAUCUAUCUAUCUAUCUAUCUAUCUAUCUAUCUCAGUCUAUUCAUCUCUAUCUCACUUCCUAUUUAUCUAGAGAUCUCAGUUUAUUCAUAUCUAUCUGGAGACCUGUUUAUUCAUAUCUAUCUAUCUAUCUAUCUAUCUAUCUAUCUAUCUAGAGAUCUAGAGAUCUACCUAUCUAUCACUGAUAGAGAUAUCUCAGUUUAUUUAUAUCUAUCUAGAAAUCUGUUUCUUUCUUUCUAUCUAUCUAUCUAUCUAUCUAUCUAUCUCAGUUUUUUCAACAUCUAUCUAUCUAUCUAUCUAUUUAGAGAUCUCAGUUUCUUCAACAUCUAUCUAUCUAUCUCAGUUUAUUCAUAUCUAUCUAGAGAUCUGUUUCUAUCUAUCCAUCUAUUUAUCUAUCUCAGUUUCUUCAGCAUCGAUCUAUCUAUCUAUCUAUCUAUCUAUCUAUCUAUCUAUCUAUCUAUCUAUCUAACUAGAGCUACCUAUUUAUUACUGAUGGAUAGAGUUUCUCAUCUCUUUUGCCCGCCAAACGAUCGGAAUUUCUUUACCACGAGCCAAAACAACAAAACCCACGUUUCAACCCCGCCCCCUGCCACACACACACACCCUCCCACAAAUCAAUCUUCACAACCUUUUCACUUUUCAUCAUUCAUCCGACGAAGUGAUAGUGGCUUGAUUCGCAGCAUCUUCCUCCUCCCUCCUCCCUUCCCAGCUUUAUUCAUUCCUCCCACCUGUGUUUUUUGUUUCAUCAGACUACCCGGUCGGCCAUCUUGUUUGUUGGCUACUCCUAUUGUCAGACCCGACAGAACUGCCACCUCCACACCAGCAAAAUCGGACCAGCCACCCAGCAUACCCGGCCAUUUAUUAAAUCCAUUCAUCCACCCGCCUGUCCAAACAAAAGCUUUUUCGUAUUGGAACCUCGCUUACAUCAAAUACGCUUUUCAAGGCCCAUCGCUUUUCAUCUGUCAUGUUUUCUAUAUCAAUGCCUGUCAGUAUCUUUGUUUCACUUCGGCAAUAUUCAUUGUAAUCUAUCUUUCUAUCUAUCUUAUCUAUCUAUCUCAGUCUGUUGAUAUCUAUCUAUCUAUCUAUCUAUCUAUCUAUCUAUCUAUCUAA